AAGGAGAAGAAGAUAAGGCGCAGUUAAAGAUGAAAUAAAAGCUGAGGGUGUAGGGUUUAUCGAAAAUGGCUGUUUCAUUCGCCUCAAACACCAUUCUGCAAUAUGCCAAUCUUUCCCAAAUCAAGCUACAUUACAAUCUUUUCUCUACUGCCGAAAGAAGAAAUACUAUUUUCCAAAAAGCUCCACCCCGAAGCUUGAAAUUCACAGUUAGAAAUCAGGGGUUUGCUCUGAAUAAGGAGGAGAUUUCUUCCGAUUUUGAUUGGGAUGAACUAGACCAAGAAGAAGAAGAAGAAGAAGAAGAAGAUGAGGGCUCACCAUGGGAAGGUGCUGUGGUUUACCGAAGAAAUCCUUCGGUUUCGCACUUGGAGUAUUGCACCACCCUAGAAAGGCUUGGCCUUGGGAAGCUUUCCACUAAGGUUUCUAAGUCUCGCGCUUCGGUGAUGGGAAUCAGGGUUACCAAAGACGUCAAGGAUUACCCGGAAGGGACGCCGGUGCUGGUUUCACUCGAUGUAACCACCAAGAAGCACAAGGUGAUCAGGCUCGAUGGGAUUAUCCGAACAGUCAUUACUCUUGAUUGCAACAGGUGUGGUGAACCAGCUCCUGAAACUAUUUUUUCUAACUUCUCACUCUUGCUGAGUGAAGAACCCAUUAAGGAAGCAGACACCCUGGACAUGGGUACAAUGUUUGGAUCCAAGAAUUUUGAAGCAGUAGAGGAAGAUGACGACGAUUCUAUGAUUGAUAUUGAAGAUCAACUUUAUUUUCCUUUGGAAAACAGAACCAUUGACAUCUCAAAGAAUAUAAGAGACUUGGUGCACAUAGAAAUCAGUCUUGAUGCCAUCUGUGAUCCCCAAUGCAAGGGUUUAUGUUUGAGAUGUGGUACAAAUCUCAAUAUUCAGAGCUGCAAGUGUGUUGAACAAAAUGUGGAGGCAAAAGGUUUUAGUCCUCUUGGUGGUCUGAGAAACAAAAUGCAAUGAUUAUGAUGAUCAUAGUGGAAUUCAUGUAUGUAUGUAUGUAUGUAUGUUUCUAUAUAAGACUACUACAUACAUUCAUUCUUUGUGUAACACUGCUGUUUAACAAAUAACAAGCACCCAUUUCGAUCACGAAUGUAAUCUAUUGAGUAAGGGGGUAGCACUUGCACUUAUGGUUGUUCACCUUUCGUCUCCUCUUGAUAGCAUAUUGAAAUAUGUACUACACUUUAACUAGAUUUUAAGCUAUUUGUGAGAACACAAAUUUAUUAUGUUAUAUUGAUCCUCAACAAAUACAAAUGUUCUUCUCCAA